AUGGAGUCAAGCUCAGAUCCCAGCUCUCUAAUCACAAGGAUCGAGUCAAGCUCAGAUUCCAGCUCUCUGAAGCAUUAUCUGAUGGAAGAGUUUAAUCCCAGGCUUCUCUCUGACACUUAUUUUUCACAUAAUUCUCAUGAUGAACUUUUUGAAGAAUCAGCUUUAUUACCAUUGAGACUAUUGAACAAUGUGAUGUCCACAGGUCGUAUUAAAGGUGAAACUAUGAUUUACAUGCAAAUAGGCACCAUUAUUUCCCCCCUUAUUCCAAUCUCUGAGUUCUUUAACGACAUUACCGUGUUGGAAUAUAAUGACGUCUGCAUAAAGGAACUGGAAAAAUGGAAAAAUACUCAUGACGACGCCUAUGACUGGUCUCACACAUUCCAGUUUAUGGCAGAACUGGAAGGCAAAGGGUUAAGUAUAUUUCCAAUAACCAGUGAGGAGUGGAAGACAAGACAAGAAAAAAUUAAAACAUCAAUUAAACGGAUUCUGAAAUGUGAUUUCACCAAAGAAAACCUAACUGACCCAGUAACUCUUCUAAAAGUUGACUGUAUAUUUCUUGGUUGUUUGUUGGAAUCUGUAUGCAAAGACCAAGAUGAUUAUUUCAGGAGCCUUAAGAAGAUCUCCAUGUGGCUAAAACCAGGUGGUCAUCUGAUAUUAUUAGUUGUGUUAAAUGCUUCAUUUUACACAAUAGGGGAACACCGCUUCCACCUUGUGAAUCUGGAUGAAGAGUUUAUAAGAAAAGCUCUCAGGGACAUAGGGUACAUGAUUGAAACCAUAGAGAUGGUGGAAAGGAAAUCAAACCAUGAGGCUAUAUCGUAUGAUCACCUGGCAUUAAUAACUGCCGUAAUGCAAUGA